AUGGCUUUUCUCUCCGUUGUGCUGAGUGCAUUCGUCUUUGGUUGUGGCCUCGCAGAAGCCGUAGCCAUUAACAAUGCAACCGACACUUGCAAGGAGAUUGCCAGGAGCAUCUCGGACUCAAGCAGGGUCAUUUUCCCGAUCCAAGCUGCGAGCUACGCAGAUGCCAUCAGCCACUGGUUCCUCUCAUCAAGCGACACGCCAGCCUGCGUUGUGAAGGUUGCCUCGGCCGAAGAUGUCUCGGUAGUCCUGCAAAUCGUGGGCUCUUCCCGCACACAGUUCGCCGUCUAUUCGGGCGGCCAUGCGUCAAAUCCGGGCUUUUCCAGUACCAAGGGAGUACACAUCUCUCUUGAGGACCUGAACCACAUCUACUUGUCUGAGGACCAGAGAACUGUUACAGUUGGGUUUGGCGCGGCAUGGAUAGACGUGUACAGGUAUUUGGAACCUUACGGUCUGAACGUCGUUGGAGGAAGAGUUAUUGGUCCUGGCGUGGGCGGAUUCACUCUUGGGGGUGGCUUUUCAUGGAAAACAAACCAGCAUGGUUUGACUGUAGAUACCCUGAAGAGUCUUACAGUUGUGCUCCCGAACGGGACCAUUACCACGGCCUCCAACAAUCACAACCAGGAUCUUUUCUUCGCUCUUAAGGGGGGGAUGAACCGCUUUGGCAUUGUCACUUCUGGCGAAUUCUACACCCACCAGCAGCCUCCCAGAGUCUAUGGUGGCCUCCGAGUCUAUCCUCCCACCUCGGUUCAGGCAGUUCUUAAUGCCACUGUGAACUUCUUCUACGACAACAAAGACCCCAGAGCCGGGCUCAUUACCACUCUGGACGCAGGGAGCUUGGAACCCACUGCCAUGGGAAUUUUCUUUUUUGACGGCCCUGACAAGCCGCCAGCGUUUGACGAAUUUGACGGCAUCCCAGCCAUUUUGGAUAACGUCGGGGAGAAGACCUGGACCUCGUUCCUAGCAAGCAUCCCGGCGUACCUCGUAUUGAACGCCAGGGGCGCGUUUGCCACCGUUUCCACAUCUGAGAUCUCUGCGAGCUUCCUAGCGGCUGUCCAGCAAGAGGCUGAGGACAUUGGAAGGGUAGCCGAACUUCACAGCGGUCUUACAGUCAGCUUUGACAUCGAGCCCUUCACAGACUAUGGACAGCAUGCAACCGAAAGUGCAUACCCACACGCUGAUUCUCCCCUUCCGCUCAACUUGUACUUUGCCUGGACGAAUCCUGCCGAGGACGACUGGUGGCAUGCCCGCAUGCGCCAGGCAACCGAGAGGCUGAAGCAGGUAGCAAUCGAAGAGGGCAUCUACAAGGACACUUAUACGGCCUACCCGAACUACGCGCUGGCUGGGACCACGGCGGAGGAGCUCUAUGGGCAAAGGAAUGCCGCGCGGCUGAGGAGUAUCAGAAACCGGAUUGACCCUGACCGGAUUAUGGAUCUUGCGGGUGGAUUCGAACUUUGAGCGGUGUCGCUGAGGGCUGCGUUGGGCAGGGGG